AUGGACGAUGAAGCAGAGCAUUUGAAGGCAGCUUUCGGAGAUUCGUCGGAUGGUGAAGAUUUCGCAGAUCGGCCGGAAAAAGAAACCCUAGGGAUCGGAGAUUCGACGGUAUGGGAGCGAGUGGAGAGUAUCAAUGGUUUAUGGCUCUGUAGAAGCUUUCUCUCUAUUCAUCAUCAGUCUGAAUUACUCUCCGCCAUUCUAAAAGAAGGUUGGUUCGUUGAAGAAUCUAUUAACCAGGCGAUGAGGUUUGGUGAUCUCCCUUCAUGGGCAACAAAAUUGUCUGAUCUCAUACAAGAGACCGUGGAAUCUGUUGAUCUUUCAGUGUUGCCUGCUGAUUUGCUAUGGAGAGAACCUCUGUUCGACCAACUCAUUGUCAAUUCAUACCAACCAGGUGAGGGGAUAUGUGCACAUGUUGAUCUACUGCGUUUUGAAGAUGGAAUUGCCAUUGUAUCGCUUGAAUCACCUUGCGUGAUGCGGUUCAGUCCCGCAGAAGCGGUUGAAGCUGAGGAUGUGGAUGUUUUGUUGAGCCCUGGAUCGCUCAUUCUCAUGUCUGGAGAAGCUCGGUAUCAAUGGAAACACGAGAUUAAUCGAAAGGAGAAUGGGUUUCAGGUAUGGGAAGGAGAAGAAAUUGAUCAGAAGCGAAGAAUCUCCAUCACUUUGAGAAAGCUAUGUCAAGCUUAA